UUGCAGUUCGCAGGGACUCAGGUCAUGUCCCUAUCUUGUUUCUAUAACCCUCACCAUGGUUCCUUGAUACAUGCCACCGGACAUGCAGAAGUGUGGACGGACUGGAAGAGCACUUCCAAGUUUAGCCAAUAUGGCUGGAGAUGCACCACCAAUGAGGAUGCUUACUCCAACAAAACCCUUAUGGGGAAUUGGAACCAGGAGCGGUAUGAUAUCCGGAAAGUCACACAGCCCAAACCACUUCCUUCCCAGUAUGCUCACUACUUUGAAUCCGUUUAUUCGUCAGAUUACAACAAGGAAAAGCAUCACGGCUCAAGAAGAUUUAAACGAGAACCUCAUUGGUUUCCUGGACACCAACCUGAGCUGGAACCCCCUCCAUUCAAACCAACUGCACGGUCCUGCUACAUGAUAGAUUACGGACCUCCUCAAGGCAGAACUCCCCUCAUUUGUGAAAUGCUGGGGAAAGAACAGGAGGGAACACAGCAGAAGCAAUAGGAGCAGAGAGAGGCUGUUAACCAGAGAUCAGCCAUGUGGUUAGAAUGACUCCAACCUGUCUGCUGCUAAGGGGCCAUCCUUCAAGUCGUAAAACAUUUCUUAUAUUAAAAUACAGGGCAUCAGAGUGACAAGUAAAUGCUUCCUGAGGCUUAUGCCCUAUUGUUUGUUGUUCCAUAUAUUAUUUCUGCCUUCUGACAUUUUAACUUUUACCUUGUACAGAGGAUUCUGACAUUUCCUUUUGCUGACUGAGUGUGGCUUCACGUGGCAUGUACCAAGACAAAUAGACCCAAGAGUGUUUUAAAGAUGUAACCAAGUUUCAUCAGCAAGUGGCUGCUUAAGUGUGACCAGAUAUUUUUCCAUAAAAUCUGCUUAAUUUAA